CGCGGCAUGAGUUUCGCCGCCAUUUUGCAUCAGAGCUGUUGAAAAGAGUGAGAUAGAAAACAGACACACGGCGGGGUUUGGCCACGUUAUCCUCUCUCAGUACAUUUCCCUCUGGAUUUAUAUACCCAACAUAAUCCGAGCUAUUAACUGACAGGUCCCGGAGACAUGGCCACGGAGCAUAUAAAUGGAAAUGGUUCGGAUGAACCAGUGGAGUCUUCAGCGGCAGUUACCCAUUCAGAGCACUUCCAGACGCUACUAGACGCCGGCUUACCUAGAAAAGUUGCAGUCAAACUAGAUGAGAUUUACAUAGCAGGUUUUGAACAGAAUAAAAGUGCCUUCCUCUGUGGAGUGAUGAAGACGUACAGGCAGAGGGAGAAACAGGGGACCAAAGUGUCAGACUCCACUAAAGGACCAGAUGAGGCCAAAAUCAAAGCUUUGCUCGAGAGAACUGGCUAUACACUUGAUGUGACGACAGGCCAGCGCAAGUAUGGCGGUCCUCCUCCAGGGUCGACCCAUGCUGGAGUUCAGCCCACCGUCGGCACAGAGUUUGUGGGCUCCAUCCCCAAGAGCAAAACUAAGGAGCAGAUCGUGGAGGAGUUCGCCAAAGUUACGGAGGGCUUGAACGACGUCAUCUUAUACCAUCAGCCUGACGACAAGAAGAAGAAUCGCGGCUUCUGCUUCCUAGAGUACGAGGAUCAUAAAACGGCAGCCCAGGCGCGGCGUAGAUUAAUGAGUGGCAAAGUGAAGGUGUGGGGGAAUGUGGUGACGGUAGAAUGGGCUGAUCCCAUAGAAGACCCCGACCCUGAAGUCAUGGCUAAGGUCAAAGUCCUCUUUGUAAGAAACCUGGCGAGCACAGUAACAGAAGAGCUUCUCGAGGAGACGUUCUGUCAGUUUGGCAAGCUGGAAAGAGUUAAAAAGCUUAAAGACUACGCCUUCAUCCACUUCGAAGAGAGAGAGAGCGCCGUUAAGGCUCUAGCUGAAAUGCAUGGGAAGGAUUUGGAAGGGGAACAAAUUGAAAUCGUCUUUGCAAAGCCGCCUGACCAGAAGAGGAAAGAGCGAAAGGCCCAGAGACAAGCUGCUAAAACUCAAAUGUAUGAUGAGUAUUAUUACUACGGGCCGCCGCAUAUGCAUCCCCCGACGAGAGCAAGAGGACGAGGCGCUAGAGGUUAUUCGUAUCCCCACGACUAUUACAGCUAUGAAGAUUAUUACGAUUACUACGGCUAUGACUAUCACAACUACAGAGGCGGUUACGACGACCCCUACUACGGCUACGAUGACUUUCAAGCUCAUGUCAGAGGAAGAGGCAACAGAGGAGUCCGGGGCCCCACGCUGUCCAGGGGCCGCGGCUCCACCGCUCCCAGGGGACGGGCCGGUUCAAUUUGCGAGAGAUGA